AUGGUGGGUGGAAGGAACGUUCCAGUCCUUGGUCGUAACUUCGACCUGUCACCUGCGGUGUCGAGGUUUUCAGCCGCGAGGAUGUAUCUGCGACGUGGAGCCAAGAAGCCACUUGUAAAGAAGUCCGCUGAGCCACUCACACUUCCCCUUCAACGAACUGGACCCAAAUUCAAGCUUGGGCAUCCCAAGAAGGUUCCUCUUAGGAAAUCCCUCGUCCCAGGAACUGUGCUCAUUGUUCUUGCUGGUCGUCAUAAGGGGAAGCGUGUCGUGUUCCUGAAGCAGUUGCCGAAGUCUGGUCUGCUGCUCGUCACUGGUCCUCACAAAUUGAACAAUUUCCCUCUACGAAGAAUUGCCCAGGCCUUCGUCAUUGCCACUAAAACGAAGCUCGAUGUAUCUGGUGUGAAGAUUCCAGACCACAUCAAUGAUGACUACUUCAAGAGAAAGACUUUGCCUGGCAAGAAGGGAGAGAACAUUUUUGCUGCCGGAAAGGUUGAAUAUCAGGUCACCGAGCAAAGGAAAACAGAUCAGAAAGCCAUUGAUAAACCUAUCCUGGCAGCUAUUAAGAAACACCCUGAUCACAAGUUCCUCUUUGGUUAUUUGGGAUCGAGAUUCAUGUUGGGUAAGAGGCAAUAUCCUCACAACAUGGUGUUCUAA